UCUCUGCAGUGGAGAGAAGCGACAAGGUAGGCUGUCACUCUGUAAAAGCUGCUCAGAGCAGGCUUUCCUCUGAAGAGCAGUGCCGUUCCCUUUCAGAAAGACGGGAUCUGAAUGCUGUCUCUAGAGACAAGAGCCCUCAGUAUGCUAAAUUACUUUCAUUCUGUAUUUUCAAAUGCUUCUUGACUGCACAGUAGGCAGAGUGAAAGGCUGCUGCAGCGGAGCAGCACUACCCAUUCUGUACAUUAGCAGGACUGCCGAAACAAUGGCACAGUACAGGCACAUUUUCAUUAAGGUCGUUCUGAAGAGAUUGUUAUGACUCUCUUCCCUCAGCCCUGUACUUAAAAACGAACAAAAUGAAUCAAUCAAAACUGGAACUGCUUCAACUACAUCAAGAACUGGUCAAAUCUUUAGCAAAGGGCCCACAACUAAUUCAAUAUAUACAACUGACAAUUUGAAGAAUGCAACUGACUGAGAAGCUCCCUAGCUCUCUGAACCACAAACUGCUAGAUAUUCUUGUAACACAUGAUUUUAAGACACUAAGGAGUUAAAGCCUCAGAUUAGCUCUACCGGAAUGGAACAAGCUGACAGCAUCCCAAGAAGAUGCUACAUAGAAUAACCAUGAAAAGGAAAAGAAAUAGAACUGUAAAAGCCUGAAGACCAACUGGUGAGCAUUAUUAAGGAAGAUCUCACACUUUAAUACAGCAGAAUUAUGGACACUAUUGAUUCUGCAAGGCACAGUAAAACAAAAACUUCAAAAUGAAGCAAGCAAAAUGAAGCUUUAGUAAAUGUUUCCUGCACUAUUCACAGUCCUAUCAACUGAUACGACUAAUCGAAUUUUUCAUCUGAGCUUUAUGACCAAUUAUGUAUCCUCUUCUAAUGAGAACAAACCGAAUUAAAUAGCAGAUGGUUUUUAUCAAAAGAGCAUGUACUGGAUUUAUAAUAUAAAGCAAAUUAUGUGAUCAAAAAAAAUCAUUUCAAAAUAAUGAGAACUGUUGCAAAAACAGACUGAAAACAAGUGGAUUAUCUAAAUGCAUUUUAGAGGCUAGAAAUGUUAUGCUUCCUUUUCUAUUUUCACAUAUUGUGGAAAAUAAAGAGACACAAUCUUAUAUUCCUUCAAAAAAGAAAAUGCAAUUUCUAUCAUUUGAUGAAGUCUCAUUUGCCUGAAAAUUAUGUGCCAUUCUUUAGAAAUCCAUCAGCCAACUAAAUCUCACAGUUCAUACAACUGAAGUACUCAAAUAGCAAAUGAAUGAAUUCCUACAAGACAUGAAAUAAAACACAGCUACUCCACCGUUGCCAGGGAAAACUUCAUGUCAAAAUUGUCAAUGACAUCAUGUAUCAGUUUAUGGAAAACUACGAUGGUGAGCCAAAAGACCCAUAAGGCAACAGCAAACAGGGAAACACCAACUGCUCCAAAAGAAUGUGUUUUUCUCCUGUUCUGGAAAUCAACAUGCAGUCUGAAUCAAACAUCACGGUGCGAGAUGACACUGAUGACAUCGACACCAAUAUGUACCAACCACUAUCAUACCCACUAAGCUUUCAAGUGUCUCUCACUGGAUUUCUCAUGUUAGAAAUUGUGCUGGGACUUGGCAGCAACCUUACCGUAUUGGUACUUUACUGCAUGAAAUCCAACUUAAUCAACUCUGUCAGUAACAUUAUCACAAUGAACCUCCAUGUCCUUGAUGUAAUAAUCUGUGUGGGAUGCAUUCCCCUAACGAUAGUGAUCCUGCUGCUCUCACUGGAGAGCAACACUGCACUCAUCUGCUGUUUCCACGAAGCUUGUGUUUCCUUUGCAAGUGUUUCAACAGCAAUCAAUGUGUUUGCUAUCACUCUGGACAGAUAUGACAUCUCUGUAAAACCUGCAAACAGGAUUCUGACAAUGGGCAGAGCUGUAAUGCUAAUGACAUCCAUUUGGAUUUUUUCUUUCUUCUCAUUCCUGAUUCCCUUCAUUGAAGUAAAUUUUUUCAGUCUUCAAAGUGGAAAUACGUGGGCAAACAAGACAUUGCUGUGUGUCAGUACGAGUGAGUACUAUACUGAGCUGGGGAUGUAUUACCACCUUCUAGUUCAGAUCCCCAUCUUCUUCUUCACAGUCGUGGUGAUGCUGAUCACAUACACCAAGAUACUGCAGGCUCUUAACAUCCGGAUAGGCACCAGAUUCUCCACAGGGCAGAAGAAGAAAGUCCGGAAGAAAAAGACAAUCUCUCUAACGGCACACGAGACCACAGACUUGUCACAAGGCAGUGGCGGGAGGAACGUCGUGUUUGGUGUGAGAACUUCAGUUUCUGUGAUAAUUGCCCUGCGGCGAGCCGUGAGACGCCACCGGGAACGACGAGAAAGGCAAAAAAGAGUCUUCAAAAUGUCUUUAUUGAUUAUUUCUACUUUUCUUCUCUGUUGGACACCAAUUUCUGUUUUAAAUACCACCAUUUUAUGUUUAGGCCCAAGUGACCUUUUAGUAAAAUUAAGAUUGUGUUUUCUAGUCAUGGCUUAUGGAACAACUAUAUUCCACCCUCUCUUGUACGCAUUCACCAGACAAAAAUUUCAAAAGGUCUUAAAAAGUAAAAUGAAAAAGCGAGUUGUUUCCAUAGUUGAAGCUGAUCCCAUGCCUAAUAAUGCUGUAAUACACAACUCAUGGAUAGAUCCUAAAAGAAACAAAAAGGUUACCUAUGAAGACAGUGAAAUAAGAGAGAAAUGUUUAGUUCCUCAGGUUGUUACAGACUAGGGAGAAGUCUAAGUUUUACCAAAUUUACAUUCAGAAGAAUUUUAAAUUUAAAUUGUAAAAACUGAUUACUGCCAAAUGUAAGAGAAAACAUUCUCAGUAUUGGUUAUGUUGUAAAUUCUCAAUGUGAAUGUCAAUUAGAUUAGGUCAUAUAUACUCAAUUUCUUCAUUAUUUAACGUAUUUGUUGCAUGGCAGUUUGUUAAAAGUAGUAUCACGUGUAUAUUUUGUCAAUACUAUGUCCAUCAGAAGAUAUCCGUGUAAGUCAUAUUUUCUAAAGAAUAAAUGCGUAGCCUUAAAAGAGUGUAUAACUUUAAAAUGUAACUGAAACAGGUAUCUAAGAUUUUUUAAACAAUAUAUGAAGUCUUUUAUUUCUAAGCCACGAACUACAGAUAUGAUGACCAGUUGCAUAAUGUUUAACACAAAAAAAUUAUAGGCUCAAAACAAUCACAGCAAGAUUUUCUGUAUCAUUAUGCUGUUUCUGAUGUGAUCAACUUGUUAAAAUAUUUUAACAACAAAAUAAUGAACUAUAUAUAAACGUAUUCUUUCUUUUGAAUGUAGGAAAUAUAGACUAUAAUAGUAUUUCAAAACCUUGAAUCGAUGAAUAAAUAAGCCCUAUAUAUGCACACCAAAACAGGGAAACUUUGAAAAUCAAGUUUAUUAAAGAAAGAAAAAAAGAUUGAAUUCUAUUACAAGGGUAAUAUGGCUAUAGUACAAAUGAAGCAACCAUAAAGGGAGCGAGGGGAACAAGGCUACAGUAACUCCAGCUUUGUCCCUCCUCCCUCAUUCUGCCUGCUUCUAUACCAAAUAUUCUAGGUUAAAAGAAAAUGUUAGUCUUAAAAAACUGCAAUAAAACAAUUUUUAACUCUAUUUUGUAUAAGAGAUGUUAACCAUACAAAUAGAAAGACUGAGCAGAGGGAAAGAGGAUCGUUUCUGCCACUGUAGAAAAGCCUAACACAGCCAGAUGUUUCUAAUUUUAGAUACAAAGCAACUUAUGUGAGGCAGAAUUUAUACAAUAUUCCUUCCCAGCCUUCAAAAUACAGCAGUUGUUUCCACUCUCCAGGUGAUUAAAGCAACCAUUAAUUGUGAUACAUUUCUAUUCCAACACCAUGUAACAUAACUUAAGCAUUUUUCUCUCAAAUCCUCAAUUUGUUAUAUAAUGAUUACUAAUUGUAAUUAUAGAUAAUAAGUAUUAUGAAUAUUUUCAUAGCAAAAAUUUCUCACUUGUUAUAACAAUCUGGCAAUGUGUAGUAAAUAUCAAAAACUUAGCAACAACUUACUUAAAAUAUGUAAGUACCUGCUAUAAAUAACUGGUUAGCUUGACAAUAAUUAUCCUAUAUUUUAAAUACUGUAUUCAUUAAAUGAAGUAAUAUUUUUAAAUUUAAAACUUCAUGUUAAACAUUUUAUAUAUAUAUAUGGGUGUGUAUAUAUAUAUAUAUAUAUAUAAAAUCACUUUCAUACAAAUAAAUGAGUUCAUUUAAUCAACUUUACUGACUAGCCUAGACCCUGGGGAAAUGAGUAUGGUACAGGAGCUUAAAAAUCACUAAUGUUUCCGGCAAAUUAAACUGAUUCAUUUCUGAUAAUAAUACUAGUGUCAAAACUUGGCAAAGGCCCACUUUCCUCCUGCUUUAUGAAAUUAAAGAAAUGCUGCAGUUUGACAAAAUGUAGCAUAAUCAAAUAAAAUUUAUUUUUGAAACUUAAAACUAAGACUUAAUGGUGUUAAGAAAUUUUUCACUCAUAUUAAUGCAUUUGGCCUACAAUAUCUCCUAACAACCUAAAUCUUUUAAUGCAUUUUGUACUUGGAAUUCCAAGCAUACGUUAAAAUAUUCAUACCUAGAUUUAUAAAAUCUUAAUUUUAAAAAUUCUACUACUUUCACAGUUCAUGUUAAGGAAAACCUCCACUGAGUUUUCAGUAUUUUUAAUCAUAAGGUUUAUAAGCAUUGCAAAUAAAUGAGUAUAAAAGCUAAUUUCUGCCAGGUUGGCCUAACAGUUUUCAUGGAUUCUGAUCUUCUUUUGUAUUAGGAAAAAAAUAAAUAGCAAACUAUACCGCCCUGUAAGCUGCUAUUUGUUCAUGGACAUCAAAGUAAACAAGGAAGCAUUUUCCCUACUGUAAUGAACAUUUCAGGGUACAAAAGUAUACCUACUGAUUUACAGCAAACAAAAUCUAUACCUGUCCACACCUCACCAGAAACCUCAAGCAGCAUUCAACGUGUUCAAUAGUAUAUAAUGUGUGAAAGUUAGGUAAAAAAGAAAGCACAAAUAUCUGCAAUUGUUGAUCUCUUGGUAAAGGACAGCUCAGACAGACUCAAGUUUUCACUGACUUAUGUUCUACUGAAGAACAUUAUUUUCCUCAGAAUGUCUUCUGCUUCCAUAUGGUGGUUGCUGGUUUUAUUGUUAUUGUUUUGGGGUUUUGUUUGUUUUACUUUUUCACUAGAAAUUUUACCCACAUACGCAUUCUGGCUAACUUUUCCCUUUAUAAUGAAAACUUUUUGCAAAUGCAGUAGAAGCAGGAGAGGUAUAGGCUGCUUCUUACAUGUCUACCUGUAUAGCCAUGUGCUUCCAAUCUAUGCUUUCAGACAUAGAUGCUAAUGUCUGUAGUUAGGAGAGUCAACUACUUCCAGGAAGAGCUCCAUAAAGUUCAGAAAUUUGUACUUUCUAUUUUGUUUGCCAAUCUAGGGAAUUAUUACUCUACCAAGAAGAUCUUUAAACCAAUUAUAAAGAUUAAAUUCUUGAUAAUUGGGCUUUUAAAAAGACUGUUUUAUACUUCACACUGUUAGUCAUAAUCACAUAAGUGAUCAAGUUUUCCAUAUCCAAAACAAAAAAAAAAAAAAAACUCCAAGUUCACCAGCCAAUCAGAGUGGCUUAGUGGAAAAGUAAAGCACUUGCCAAACAAGGCUGGCAACCAGAGUUUGAUUACUUGAACCCACAUACAGGUAGGAGAGAAACAAUUCCACAAAGCUGUCCUCAGACCUCUAAAUGUGCUGCUUGGUACUUGCGCGUAUGUGCACACAUACUAUAAAUAAAAACAUUCUUUUUCAAAUAAGACUCAAGAGUAAACACAAUAAAAUUUAAGAAAAUACUAGGAUUUUAUUACACAUAAUAACUCUUAAGCUAUAUUUCAAGGUCAACAGCAUUUUUUUUUCCCCAAGACAGGGAUUUUCUGUAUAGCUUUGGGUGUUCUGGACCAGGCUGGCCUUGAACUCACAGAUCCUGCCUCUGCCUCCCUGAGUGCUAGGAUUACAGGUAUGCCCCACCAGGCCCAGCUGGUCAGCAGCAUUUUUAAUCUUAUUGCAUUUUGUAGCUAAAUAAUUAGGUUUUGUAAUUCAGUUGGCCUGUGAAUUUUUUAUUCUUUUUUUUAUUGUUUAUUAUUAUUAGUUACAUUUUAUUAACUCUGUAUCCCAGCUGUAUCCUGCUCCCUUAUUCCCUCCCAAUUCCACCUUCCCCCCCUCAGCUUCUCCCUGCCCCUUUCCAAGUCCACAGAUUGGGGAGGACCUCCUCCCCUUUCGUCUUGGUCUGUGAAUUUUUAUAAUGCAUAAGCAUCAUCACAGAGAUGUUGAAUUCCAGAGAAAAGGUAAUGACACAAAGGAAUAUAAAAAUCCAUAAUCUAGGUAUACAUCAAGUAUUGCUCAUCAGAAUUGCUUGGAGUGGAAUGUUUCAGAUUGCUGUAGGUAUACCUGUAUAUACUUAAUGACAUAACUUACAGAUUGGUCCAAUUUAAUUGAGUUUCAUCUAUUUCACAUACACAUAAUCUAAAGGUAAUUUUAUGAGAUAUCAUCAUGUUAAGUCAAGUGUAGAAUAUUGCCUGUGUCCUGUCCAAAAAGUUUCAGAUUUUACAAUAUUUUGGAUUUUCAGAUUAGCAAUGCUUGAGCUAUCUUCAAAAGUGUUAAAAUACCUGAAAAGGAGGUACACUACUCAAAUUUGAUAAAGGAAGAGAAAUAUUUUAGGAGACUAAAGGAGAAAACAAUUAUAUCAAAUUUAAUAUGGUCAUAACAAAAGUACUACUAAGGAAGACUACUACAAUGUAUUCCAGAGGAAAAAAGAAAGAAAAUUGCUGUGUAGAAGAAAAUUAAUACAGUAAGGGGAAUCUAUUUAGGAAGUUACACUGGGCCAUUACACAAGACCUGAAAUGCCAGCAGAAACAUGUGAGCAAGGUAACAAAAAGAAGGGCAAGCUGCCAAAAUCACCAACAACGUUGUUAGAGAGUAAUAUGCACAGAACUAUCUGGGGAGGCCUCAAUGGAUAGGAGGUUGCUGCUUUCACCUGGAUAUUAAGGAGUGUCUUGCCAAAACUAUGGCAGUAAGGCCUGAACACACUGAACAGCUAGGAGAGGCAGUAACAGCCACAAUCAAUAGGCUUUGCUAACUAAGGAAAAAGCUGAUGGAAGAAAAUGAAGAAUUAAGCAUGGCCAUGUGAAGAACCAUAAGAAACCAGAUUGCCCUCUAUAAUGGAAAUAUUUAAUUAUGCACUGCACAAAGUACAAGGAUAACAAGGGCAAAACAGUAAGAAUCUGUGGGAGAAAAUUCAAUAAAGUAAAAUGAAUAUUAUUCAUGAAUGUUUUCAUUACCAGAAUAUAUUUAGACUGACGGGACUUGGGGUUUUGGUUUUGAUUUUGAUUUUUGAAACUCACUAGCCCUGGCUGGUCUGAACUAACUACACAAACCUGAAUGGCUUCAAAUUCAGAAAUGUAUAUGUGUUUAAUGUCUUCUAAAUGCUGCAAUUAAAGGCCAGGAAUCUAAACUGAAAUGUUAGGACUGAAUUACCUACUUUAUAUCUCACAAGUUAGUUGACUGCAUCUUCCCACCAUACCAUUCUUUUGAGUAGGUUUGUUUAUAAAAAGAUUAAAAGGCCUUAGUUAAAUGCUUGCCUAUCCUUUACAAAACCUUGCAGCCUAGCACUGUGUAAAACUAUUUGGAAAUCCCUAGCAUACAGCUGAUAGUAGGAAGAUCACAGGUUCAAGGUUAUCCUUGUCUAUACAAUGCUAAAUACAGAGUCUGAGCUAGCAAUAGUCUACAGGAUAUCCUUUCUCAAAAUAAAUUAACAUAUAAUGACAACAUAACAACAUCCAUGUAAUAGAAAAUAAAAAGAAAAUCAUCCUUUGCCUUUUUCCUCCAAUAAUAGAUAAUAAAUAUCCAUUCAAUUCAUUAUAUGCAUAUCAUCAUUAUUUGUUAAUGGCUGAAUCAAGUUUUUGUUGUU